UAGAUAGAUAGAUAGAUAGAUAGAUAGAUAGAUAGAUAGAUAGAUAGAUAGAUAGAUAGAUAGAUAGAUAGAUAGAUAGAUAGAUAGAUAGAUAGAUAGAUAGAUAGAUAGAUAGAUAGAUAGAUAGAUAGAUAGAUAUAUUCACAGUUACUCUCCUGACCGAAAACAGUACCGAAUCCUACUGUUUUAGGUUACGUUUUCUACGUCGGUUACCUUUCCUACGUACGACGGUUACGUUUCCUACCCAGCAGUAGGUUACGCUUAGGUUACGUCGGUUACCCACGACAUGGCGGUUACGUUUUCUACGUCAACGCGCAUGUGCAAAUAUUAAAAAUAAAUCAUAAGGGCGGCUUGCGGCGUGAAAGAUACUCUCAGUUAAGGAUUGUUGUUGUUGUUUUUUAAUCAUAUCAAUCAGAUAUAAGAAACAGAAAAGCUUUUUUUCUUUGAAUAAAAAAAAUCAUUUUUCAAGUUGGAAUUGUCAAAGCAGGUCACAAGAAAAGUAGGAAGCAUAUUUUAUCAUGAGUUUUGGUAAUAGUAAGCGAAAUCUUCAAGAAUCAUUUGUAUUGGUUGGUACCAUAACAGUUAUUACAAGGAAUGGGACUGAUGGCAUGGCCUAUUCUAUUAUCUUGGGAAAAAAAUGGUAACGAUUGGAAAGUAAGUAUGGCACACAUUUUUCUAAACACAUUGUUACUUAUUAUAAUUUUUUAUAACAAAAAUAAGGAAAUUUUCAGCUAGGUUUUUUGUCAAAUUUUAUAGUGAUGUUGAUAGUGACAUCAGGGUACGAAGUAAAAAUGUUGAGGCGCUUCAUUGCAAAUUAAAAGUCAUUGGAAAAAACGAUGAAAGUCUUUCUUUUAUUGUCAGGUCUAUAAUCAGGUUUUGAUAUUGUUUGUUUCAGGUUAAAACAUCGUCUACGUCAAAUAGUUUAGAAAGGUAUGUUCAUUUCUUUUUUAAUAUGUACUGAAAUUGCUGUAUAACCAUCUAAUUUAAGAUUAAAUUAAGAAUUGAAGUUGCGCAUAUAAGAAAGAGUCUGCAGCCUUAACUGUUACUAAUUUUAGAUUCCUUAAAUUCUUUUAUCCUUGCCUUAGUAUGUUGAUGAGAGAAAAUAUCAGGUUGAAGAAGAAAAUUUCAGAGCUCGAGAACCAACUUUCAACAGACUCUACAAGCUUACCUAUAGAAAAAAACCGCAAAAAAUGUCCAUUACAGUCAUGUGAUAGUUGUGUUACAAAUUUAUCUCGGCACAUGAUAGAAGUACACUAUUGGCCCCAGAGUAAGGCAAAAAAUUGCGUUGGCAUAUACGGAUUGAGGAAACCAGGUGUUAGGUUUUAGGUUGUCGAAACAAAAGAAUGAGUUUGCACCUCCAAGACGUCCACAAACUAUCAAAAGGACCUUACUAUUAUAGUAUGUUGAAAUUAGCCAGGGUGUGUGACGUUGCAUCAAACAACGAAGUACACAUAUGACAUCCAUCCCUGCCAAGAAUGUCGCCACUGAUGAUCGCCACUGAUCCGAAGUAACAGAUUCGGAUAGUGACAUGGAAGAUGACGAAGUGGUUGACUCUGCUGAAAUUUUAGAGAGGUUUGUGACAUAUAAAAUUUCAGUUGAUGGAGGGAAGAGUUGCCAAAAGAGUGCUAUUCAGUCAAAGCAGCAAUUGAGAGAUAUUUGGGCAGCUUUGGAUUCCUCAUAUCCCAGUGAUUUAGUCAGAAUUCGCGACACCUUUUUGACAACGUAUGCCGAAAAGACAAAGGAAUACAAAGCUUUAACCAUUAAACGGUAUAUUUUGUCACUGCCACACUUCUAUGACUUUCUCCUUACUGAGGAGAUCCAUCUACCUGGAAUAGCACCAGAUAUGAUUUUAAGGAUGAAAGUUAGUGUAUCUCGAUGGAGCAAAUCUAAUAAUGGAACGGUAGAGAUACAGCAGCUUGAGAGACAGAUGGAGGAGCAACAAGUGCUUAUCACGCCUGAGCAGAUCCAACGGUAUGAGGAGUCUGCCAGUGCAAAGGAGGCUAUCUCGAUAAUUAAAAAUUUUCGUAGCCCUUACCGAGAAAACACCUUGUCUCGUCAAGAAUAUGCGUGUAUACUGGAUUUUCUCAUAACGGAAAUAACUAUAAUUAAUUGUCAGAGGUCUGGCGUACCUAGCAACAUGAACAUCGAUGAGGUGAAGGCUGCUGUAUUUCGUGAUGGUAAAUAUAUUAUUAAAGUAAAACGUCACAAGACAUUUAGGAAACACGGUCCUGUUAAUCUGUGUACGAGAGAAAACUUGUACCAACAGCUCUUAAUUUUUUUCGAUUCAAUUCGCAGUCAGAUACACAGUGACUUUGAAAAUGUUUUUGUUUCAUAUAAUGGCAAGAUGUUAGAAUCUGGAGCAAUAUCGAAACAAAUUAAUAGCACUUGGAAAAGGUCCGGUGUUUAUGGUGAAAAUGAUCCGCCAGUGAGGAUAAACAUCACUUCAAAUAUAUUUCAAAAGUCUGGAUCCACCAUCAUUGAAGAUAAAAAUCCAAGUGAAGCUCCAUAUGUUGCUAGCCUGUUGACGCACUCUGAGAGCACCUCAAAAAAUACUACCGUUUGAUAGAAAAGGAAAAGUAUGCCCUUAAGGGUACAGCUGCCUUGGAGGAAACUUUCAACAAACGUGGCAAAACAAAUAUUUACGAAAAAAAGAAAACGUGGACUGAUGCCGAAGUCGGGGAGUUGGAGACUCUAUUUAA